GCUCGUUCUAUCGAAAAAUUAUCGAGAGAAGAGAAAUUAACGGAAAUGUACAAUAAUAUACGCUGCAAUCGCAUAUUUGUAAUUCGGGAAAAGAAUGUUGGAAAUCGUCAUCAGUCAUCCCGCAUCGGCCCCAUCGUAAAGAUUAAAUCCUGUUAGUUCUUGGUAUGGAUACUCGAACGAGGUUUCAAAUUUCAACACACAUCCGGAAAUGAAGAACGAUAUUUUAGUUUUAAUUCGUAGACAUGGUAAAUUGAAAAACGUAAAGAAUUCAAAUUCGGCGGUAAAUUCGAUUGGCAGCAGUCGAUGGAAAAGUUGUGUUUGCAAGUAUCAUCGACGAUUGGCGCGUACGAUUGUCAAGAGGUAGUAAAUAUUUGGUUCGAUCGGUGACGGCCGCAGCAGCGAGGCUCUCGUCGUCAAAGAAGAAUACAGAGAGAAACGGAAGAAUAAAUGAUACGAAGCAAACGAAAGAAAAAAGAGGAGGUGGGAAUAGGUUGACAAGCGAUAGCGCGUAAGAAACGCAAAACCGAAGGAGGAGUGAAUACUAGAAGAGACAGAAUGUGUGAGAGAGGGGGGUGGGUCAGUAGAAGCUCGCGGCGCGGCGCGGCGCGGCACGGUGCGGCACGGUGCGGAGCGGAGCGAAGAGGUGGGACAAUGAGACUGGGAUAGGGGUGGUCGGGCGAAGGGUGAGAUAGGUAGAGUGGGGUGAAACUGAGAGGGGAUGCCAGGCCAGUUCACCCUUACUAGCCGUAGCUCGAGUCGUCAGUGCGGCCUGAACGGUUAAUCGGCCUACUUCUCCUUCGAAUAGUUGUCGCCUUGAUUUCUCUCUCUCUCUUUCUCUUUUUCUCUUCUUCUCCUCUUCUCCAUCCCCCCACCCUUCUCAUUCUCUCUCGUGUUCGUGAUUUGCGUCGUUCAAGUCAAAGUCAAAGUCAAAGUCAAAGUCAAAGUCAAAGUCGAAAUCGAAAUCGAAAUCGAAAUCGUCGUCGCCGUUGGUGAUUGUGGUGGUGUCGUUUCUAUCGGCAAUUACGAGCGCGAAAGUUGGAGUCAAAGAUCGCAAUUGCAACUCCAAAGAGCGGAAAAGCUCGUUCGGAAGAGAGAGGAACGUCCAUCCGUGGGUCGACUCGUGGCUCGGUGUGCUCGAAUUGUUACGACAACAGACUGGUCGUCGAACGAAGGAUAACGAAAGUUGCAGAGAAAGAAGAAAACGUCAAGUCAGGAUCGACCGUCGACGUCGACGUCGACGUCGACGAAACACAGCAGCCGCCGCGCCGAGCAGCGAGGAACGACAACGAGUUAGGCGAGCAGCGGACUGGACAAGCAGUUCCAACCAUCCAACUUGCAACGUGUCGAGUCGAAGGUUCCGCGCGAAUCUUGUUUCUCGCUACUUGGCAUCGUCGUCGAACUGGACACACAGGAACGGAGAAGGUGGCGACCGCGACGGUGCUCGCUCUAUUGGAAAUUCACGAGAACACGAUGCCGAAAAAGCAAAGUUCCUUGACGAAAUUCGAGGCGCUGAUGGUGGUAAGCUUAACGGUGGUCAUCCAACUGAAUGGCUGUUGGAGUUUACCAUCGCAUAGAAGUAGACAUCACGCGGACAUGUCCCACGAGGACGCGAAAGGUUUCGGCAGAACGAGCGAGGAGCUACCGAGACCAGCUGCCCUCAAUUCGAACGACGAUCCGUUGAUAGUCGAGACCAAGAAGGGCAAGGUCAUGGGCAAGACCAUGACUGCCACCACGGGAAAGGAGGUCGACGCCUGGUUCGGAAUUCCUUACGCGCAGAAACCACUCGGACCUCUGAGAUUUCGGCAUCCGAGACCAGCGGAACGGUGGUCGGGGAUCCUGAACGCCACCACGCUACCGAAUAGUUGCGUGCAGAUUCUGGACACGGUGUUUGGCGACUUCCCAGGCGCUACUAUGUGGAAUCCAAACACGCCGCUUAGCGAGGAUUGCCUUUACGUGAACGUGGUCGCGCCACGGCCUAGGCCUACCAAUGCCGCUGUUUUGGUAUGGAUAUUCGGUGGUGGCUUUUACUCUGGAUCAGCGACCCUUGAUGUUUACGAUCACAAAACGUUGGUGUCGGAAGAAAAUGUGAUUUUGGUCUCGAUGCAAUAUCGAGUCGCCAGCCUGGGUUUCCUCUACUUCGGAACGUCGGACGUACCUGGGAAUGCCGGGCUGUUUGAUCAGCUGAUGGCCCUCGAGUGGGUCCGUGACAAUAUCGCUGCGUUUGGCGGAAAUCCUGACAACGUGACCCUGUUCGGGGAGAGCGCGGGUGCAGUUUCCGUUUCUAUGCACCUACUUUCGCCUCUGUCAAGGCACUUGUUUAACCAAGCCAUCAUGCAGUCAGGCUCUCCCACAGCUCCGUGGGCCAUCAUUAAGCGCGACGAAUCGAUAGUGCGUGGCAUCCGACUGGCGGAGGCCGUCGGCUGUCCUCACGAUCGCGAGAACUUACGGGAGGUGAUCGAUUGCUUGAUAAACAAGGAUCCGGUGGACCUUGUGAAAAACGAGUGGGGCACUCUCGGUAUUUGCGAAUUUCCUUUCGUGCCCGUUAUAGACGGCGCCUUCCUCGACGAGACGCCGCAACGCUCCCUGCUCACCGCAUCGUUCAAGAAGGCCAAUAUCAUGAUGGGCUCCAACACCGAGGAGGGUUUCUAUUUUAUCAUUUAUUAUCUGACCGAACUGUUUCGCAUCGACGGCGCCGAGGACGUCAAGGUCAGCAGGGACAAGUUUGUUACUGCCAUCACCGAACUGAACCCGUACGUCAGCCAUAUCGGUCGGCAAGCGAUCAUCUACGAGUACACCGAUUGGCUGCGCCCGGACGACCCGCACGCGAAUCGCGACGCUUUAGACAAAAUUGUCGGCGACUAUCAAUUCACCUGUAACGUUAACGAAUUCGCUGGCCGAUACGCGGAUACGGGAAACGACGUUUACAUGUAUUACUACAAGCACAGAUCUGCGAAUAAUCCCUGGCCGAGAUGGACCGGUGUGAUGCAUGCAGACGAGAUCAAUUACAUCUUCGGGGAGCCAUUGGACCCCUCGAAAGGUUACACGUCGGAAGAAGUGGCCUUGUCCAAGAGGAUGAUGCGGUAUUGGGCAAACUUUGCGAAAACGGGAGAUCCAAAUAUUGGUACCGAUGUUGGAUCAUGGAGCGCGCCUUACUGGCCGCCGCACACAGUCGCGAACAAAGAGUAUCUGACCCUGGACACCAACAACUCCGAAAUCGGAAACGGGCCUAGAGCGAGGCAGUGCACUUUUUGGAAAAAGUACCUUCCCGAGCUUCUCACCGCUACUUCGAAACUGGAACAUGCCUCGAAAGAGCCAUGCAGCGGCACCAGUUCGAACCACGGUAAACAUCUGAUGAUUGCGAUCACGAGCCUGAUGCUGAUCGCCGGGAUGUUCGAUCACAGAAUCGGUCUUGUACCGAACUUUGACACCAGAGGCUUCGUUUAGCUCUUGCACCAAGACGCCCGGACCGUCCUCGAUCGUUGAGGAAAUUAAGAUCGGUUUACGAGACGUAUGAACAAGUCCGAAAAUACGCACUGGCGGAACGAGGACGAGCAAGAACGAAGAAACUUGCAGACAACGCAACAGUCGUAUAAGCUGUCGCGACGAGUCGACGGUAUCGCUGAUGACCAGACUGGAAUCAACAACAAAAAUGGAAAAAUAAAAAAUUAUAAACAGACAUAUCAAUGCGGUCAUGUGUCCUCGAUUGGCCGAGCGCGCUCGACGAGUCCAUGGUUCGGUGGUGAUAGCAUACGUACACGGACAGACCUACGGAAAUCUCUUCGAGAUACAGAAUGGUAGAAACUGUAUACUAGACGAGAGGAGGACACGAGAAUCUUGUUCGACUCGAUGUCAUGGAAAAGUGCCAUUUUAUUUCUUUUUUUUUUUUAUUCUGUCAACGGAUCAGGAAUUGGCUCUGGCUGCGAAGCAAGACGAGGACGGGGACGGGAGAAAGGGCAACGGCAAGGGCAAGAUCAAAAUUAAGGAUAAGGACUGAUCAGUGAACGAAACCGUAGUUUGCGAUUCUGACGGAGCCGCGGUCACAGAAGACGAGAGUAAUCGAAGAAAAAAAUGAGACUGCUACAGCAAACGGUUGAAACAACUUCAACUUUGAAUUUCAUUAAGCACGAUAAAAUAUAUCGUUAAUAAGAGGAAAGAACUUGCGAAUCGGACGGGUGUUGUUACGCGCUCGACAUCGAUUCGAAAAAAAAACCUUUCGAUAACCUCAGUCGCGGUAACAUGCAUUCCAAUCCGGGCAUCUUAACGGGAGCUACAACUACUCGUACUAAAAUUUACCAUCGCGUCUCGUCCUCUACUUUCCAUCGUGUUUGUAAUAUCACUCGUCGCAUUUUCUUCCGUUUUCCAUCAAUCGAAUCGCGAUCGAAUAGAAACCAAACGAAAUGAAACAAAUAGAAUCGGAUCAAUUGACAUUUUUUUUCAAAUAUUGCUUUUUCCCUCGGUAAUGGAUAUAUUUCGGCGAGGUUCAUCGUAACGUUGUGACGCGCACACAGAACACGCGGAACAGAGGAUCUAAACUUGGAAUCGAGGAACAAGCGGGUACUUUUUAGAUUCCUACUUGUUACGUGUCCUUUAGACGAAUGUUGGCCGACGCAUGAAAAUUUGCCAGCAAGACAUCGGGUCCUCGUCAAAUGUCUUCAACUUUACAAUCUCCCUGAUCACGAAAAAGUAAAUUAAUCUUUUCGCUAAACAGUUUGUAUGUGUAAUUGUAUAUUUAAAUGUACACGAGCUCACGCGCUAAUGUGCGCGAGUGAGUGUACGCGUGCGUGUGUAUAUGUGUUCGUACGAGUGUGCGUAAAUGUUGAAAACGUUGUUGGGAUUACUUUGCAAAGGACAUAGAUGAUGUAUAUACAGUAUGGUAUAUGCAGAUAAAUAAUAUUCAAUCUAGUAUUUUAUCUUUUUAUUUAGCUGGCAAGGCGCUGACGCUGAAUCGACGCGAUACGUGCGACGUCUGUUUUUACAAAAGUAACGAUGAAAAUGAUUUUCUUAAAGAAUUGUUUUCAAAGAAAAUCAUGAUUAAAUGUUGUCUCCUUAGAAAUAUGGCUCGCAGUUUUCUGAAUGUUUGUUUUAUCUGAAUUUUCCAAAGAAAAAAAGGAUACAUCCAGCGCUCGAUGCGACAGCAUUAGGCAAUUUUUGUCGGCCUAAAACUGCAAGAUCGAACAAAAGCACGUCGAUACCGCUGGAAUCGUAUACAGGAAAUUAAAAUUAAUCCAAGUUUGUUGCUUGUAACGCUGUGCCCCGCCUUGCCAAGGUUCUUACUUGGUUGGAUAACGCGACAAGUUUUCAGUCGUCGAUUGCAACUUGACGCGUAAAAAUUACAUUUUCAUUUCCUUCUUUCUCGAACAGACCGUUCGUUUUUCCGUGGAAUUUUAUCGUCGCGAAAUAUAAAGCAAUUUCAACGUUAGUUAGGCUAUUCUAAAGCGUAAUCGUAAAGCUUUCGAUUAUGCACGGGCUACGGCAAACAGGUUAAAGCAAUUUAUGACAUGUAUGAAAAAUGACAUGUAACGGCGAACCACAAAAACAUCAUACAAUGUCAAACGCAAAGUUGCUUUUUCCACAAAAAAACGUUGACGUUUUUCUCGUCGCAAACAUUUUCUCACUUCCCAUGCAGGCUCUUCCAAAAUCAAUUCAAUCUAACGGAAUUUUCGAGCAACGUUAUACCGACACGACGUACACAACUUACAACUAAUCGACACGAGAAACGUGACGUCGCUAAUAAAAAUAAAUCGAAUAUCCGACACAUUUGCGCCGUCGCGUUGGCGUCGGUGAACAGCGGAAACACGAGCAGUAAAGUUUAAAUAAAUCACUCCAGUUCCUGGUCACGUUCCACGAGAAGAAAACAAAUCGAAUCCUUCGAAUUACCAAAAGAGAAAGAAAAUAAUUAAAUAUUUCUCCUUGCCAAGGUUGGAAAAGAAGUGCGUGUACGAACUUGGCCCGAGUCCAGUUAAUUAAGAGUUAAUUAAUCGCCAAUUAUUUAUAGAGACUAUUAUUACAAGUAUAAGUAGAAUGGCACCAUGCGCGUACACGUACUCGCAUGUGUACUCGUCCUUUGUUCAAGUAUGUACAAUGUUCGAUCGAUUAUCGAAUCCUUCUUUAGUCCGAAUCUUGGAUACGCGGAUUUCCAUUCGCGGAAAUAUCGUUUCUUUGUUACAGAUGCGUAUACUCGACAACAUGUACAUACGUAUGUUUGCGAGUAUGGUAGUUAUGGUUAAGAGGUUCCAUUACUCUAUACGUAUGUAAAACAGGUGAUUUUUGUAAUUGUUCUGCUAACCAACUACUACAUAUACAUUUCGUUUACAGGAAUAGUCGUUGAUUGAAUUUAAUGACCAACAAGAUGAAACUAGAUGUAUAUCGUAUAGUAUAGGAUAGGGAGCUUGCGGGUACGAGUACGCUUCUAUCUCAUCGCAUGAGAUUCGCAGCGAUAAGUUGGAUGCAUUAUGUACGAUAACAUUAUACAUACUAUACAUAUAAACAUACCUACGUAAAAAUAUACAUAUGUAUGUAGAAUUGUAUAGAGAUUAUGGUUUAGAGACGGCACCGUCGGCGUCGUCUCGUUACUUUGUACAUACUUUGUGAACCACAAUUAUUUAUUGCGUCACAACGAAAGAAAACGCAACGCAACGUAAAAGAACUGUAUACCGUAUCGCACAUUUCUCGAUCGAUUCUGUCGAUCCUACGAUACGUGAUCAGAUUCGCAUACAUAUGUAUACAUAUACGUGGUUCUCGUUCAGAAUGUACAAGUUGUACGUACGGAUAACCACCGUAUCUGCGCCACCGUGCGUUUCAAAAGAAUCCAAGGUAUUACGCACGCAAAUUGACAAUAUACGAUAAUAUACAUAUGCGAUAAACGAUGGUAAUACGAUGUACCUGUAGAUUCGUUGGAAUGGCAAAAGGUAGAAAAGCAACUGUAUAUCAAAAUAUGUGAAACCAGACAUUUUUUACGAUUCUGGCCAUUUAUCGGGAAAAAGAUUACAACUCGAGAUAGAUACUAUAUCGUCGAAUGGAGGACACGUGUCUGGUAUUACAUGGCACGGACGAUCGAAAUCAAUCAAGGAUUACGAUAGAUCGACCGAAUAAAAAGUUUCUUCUUGAAACGCGUUAAACGUAUUCUCAAAGAAACUCGUUUGAGGAGUUUCAUCACACGCCGGCUUACUAUUUAUGUAUCCUCUUUUCUUUUGCUGACAAUUAUUUUUUUUUGCUUACAAUUAUUUACACAUUAAUCCAGCAUAACUUUUAUAUCGCGAGAAAUUUCGUUUAAUUUGCGACCUUAUCGAGUUGGCUGUCGAUGCGGUCAAUUACGUAGUCAACGUAACAAGGCGCUAUUCUAUGUAGGUACAUAAUGCGUAUAAAAACUAAAAACGUUCUCUGGCAGGGCUACACCGAUUCAGACAAAUGCGAAGCGCGCGCGCGCGCGCGCGCGGUGAGGUUGCGAUACUCACUUCUUUCCACUCGUAAUUUCAACGUUCAUUUCGUCUGUGACAUCCACUACUAGUCGAAACUAAAGAGCAAUCGAUGAUCGA